UUCACUGCGCCUCCCACACUCAGCAAGAGCCGAAACAAUAGACUCUAACAACCAUGCCGCCGAAGUUGGACCCGAGCGCGAUCGUCGACGUCUACGUCCGCGUAACCGGAGGAGAAGUCGGAGCAGCCAGUUCCCUCGCUCCCAAGAUCGGUCCUCUCGGUCUCGCACCAAAGAAGAUCGGAGAAGACAUCGCCAAAGAGACAGCCAAAGAGUGGAAAGGACUCCGCGUCACAGUCAAGCUAACCGUUCAGAACCGUCAGGCUAAGGUCACGGUGGUUCCGUCCGCCGCUGCUCUCGUCAUCAAGGCCUUGAAGGAGCCGGAGAGAGACAGGAAGAAGGUGAAGAACAUCAAGCACAAUGGGAACAUUUCGUUUGAUGACGUGAUUGAGAUCGCUAGGAUCAUGAGGCCUAGAUCUAUUGCUAAGGAGCUGAGUGGGACCGUGAGGGAGAUUCUGGGUACGUGUGUGUCUGUUGGAUGCACUGUUGAUGGGAAGGAUCCCAAGGAUCUUCAGCAGGAGAUUCAAGAGGGUGAGAUUGAGAUUCCUGAGAACUAAGGAAAAGGAA